AUGGGCUCGUACGGCAAUGACCAGGCAGUGGAUCUGAAACGAACCAAAGGAUAUAUUUUCUUCACACCAAACACAAAACUGCAUAACCCUUUGGGUCUGCCAGCUGCAGUGAGGGAUGAAGAAGUUAAAGGAAGGGGAGCGAAAUCAGAGAUAUUCCUUAUUAUUUAUCGCAAAAGCCUACUGUUUGGAUUUAGCGCUGAAAAACUUUCAAGUCGCAAGUCUAACACCCUCAUCAAGCAGCACCCUGAAACUACGCGUAGCCCCAGCGCCGCCGCCGUGCACCGCCGGGCCCGGCGCUGCUCCUCCUCCUCGCUGCUGGACGAGGAGUGCGUCUACUUCUGCCACCUCGACAUCAUCUGGAUCAACACCCCCGAGAAGACCGUUCCCUAUGGUCUCGGAGGCCCUUCUCGAUCCAGAAGAUCGCUGAAGGACAUGGUGCCGGAGACGCUCGCUGAACCUCGCAGCAGAUGCCAAUGUGCCAACCAGAAGGACAAGAAAUGUCUGAGCUUCUGCCAGACAGGAAAAGAUCUCUGGGCUCAGUCCACAGUGGAAAAAACCUCGCGCCACCGCAGCAAAGCUGGCAGUUGCAUUGGACCCAAAUGCAUGAACCGGCAGCUUGUUGACAGCAAGAAAAUGAAGCGGCUGGAAGCCAUUGGUAACAGUAUCAAAGCUUCCUUCAGCAUCGCAAAGCUGAGGGCUGAGCUCCAGAAAGGGCAGAAGCUGAAACAUAACAGGGCGAACAAAAGGCAAAGCAUUUGGGAAAGCCUGAAAGCAUCCUAG